ACAAAGCAGUCCCUUUUCUCCGUCUCAAGCUACUGGUCUUCGAGAAGCUGAAGCGAAGCACAUGCACCUCAAGCAAACUGGAAAUCUAACGCAGUUGACUGCAGUCGUGCAGGCGUUCUGCUGUCGGACCAUGGACGCGCGGAGGGAGCACUUCCAUUACACAGACGCCGUCGAGCAGAUUUGAAAGGCAUCGGCCGAGAUGCACCGUGGCUGCUGUUAUCAAGCGCCGAUCUAUAGUGAUACCGGCCGGGUUUUAUCAUGGUUUUCAGACGGUCAGCUCGGAGAAUGCGGUGGCUGGGAUGUUAUCGUUUGGGGACUGUAUGGAAAGCACUUCUGGUAUUUGUUGUCAUCGCUUUUGCGGGACAACUUCUGGGAGUCAUCUUCAACAAGAGCUGGAUGCAACCAGAGAGACCUCACUCUCUUUACGCUCUUCCCUCUGAGAAUUCCCAUGGGGACUCUCUGGGGUCUUGCCAGCCCCACACCCACAUCAUGUUCCUGAAGACUCACAAGACGGCAAGCAGCACCGUUCUCAAUUUGCUCUAUCGCUUUGGAGAGGAGCGGGGCCUUAAAUUUGCCCUGCCUGUGGGGUACCAAUUUGGCUACCCACUGCCCUUUAUCGCCCACAGGGUGAAAGGAUACAGAGGCCCUCAUGUGGCAGAAUUUGACAUUAUGGGAAAUCAUAUGCGGUUCAACAAACCAGAGGUUGAGAAGGUCAUGCCAGCUGACACCUUCUAUUUCUCCAUCCUUCGAGACCCUGUGGCGCUAGCUGAAUCCUCCUAUGCCUACUAUAAAAAUGUUGCCCCUGCCUUCAGGCGUGCCAAAGGACUGGGUGAUUUUGCAGACAACCCCUAUAAGUACUACGACCCCAGACUCCGAAACAACCAUUAUGCCCGCAACCUGAUGUGGUUUGAUUUUGGUCUGGAUUAUACCUCCAACUUCAGCCUCGGGCUGGUCAAGCGCGGUGUGGCAGCAGUGCGUCGGAACUUCAAGCUCAUCCUUAUCUCAGAGUACUUCGACCAAUCUAUGGUGCUGCUCCGUCACGCUCUUUGCUGGCCGCUAGAUGCUGUGGUUUCUUUUAGCCUGAACGCCAGGCAGCAAAUGCCCAGUGGAAGAUCAGGAUGGGUGGUCAAGGCUGCAGCUCCAGCUCCAGCUCCUUUGGCAUUAACAGACAAGCAAAGAUCGAAAUUACGUGAAUGGAAUGCACUAGACUGGCACCUUUACCAAGCUUUUAAUCUCACUUUCUGGCAGGAUGUAGAGCGCUUCGGGCAUAGUAGGAUGGAGUCUGAGGUGGCCCUGCUUAGGACCAAACGGGAGGUUCUCACUCGCAUCUGCUUGCGUGAUGGCGGCCGCCCCAUAGAGGCCAGUCGCAUCCGGGACAAGACCAUCCGCCCUUUCCAGAGUGGAUUAGUGAAGAUCUUGGGUUACGAGUUGCAGUCGGGACUAGACAACGCCACGUGGGAAGCUUGCCUACGCAUGAUCAGGCCUGAGAUCCAAUACAAAGACUUGCUGGAUCUUCGGCAGUUCCCUCAAGCCCAGCAACCCCCAGCCGCUGCCGCUGGAGGGCUUCCACUAAAGAGGGAGCCCUCAAUACUCAGGACUGAAGACCGUGGGGGAAAGAGGUUGGUGGAGAAGGACUGGGAUGGGACCAUUCUGUUUCGGAAUCAAUCAUUAGAGCAGGUUGAUUCAAAAGUAAGACUUAGAUAGUGAGCUAGUUGCACCUUUUUGCCUCAAGGUCAGUAGUUCUGACCCAUUUUGGCUCG